ACCAGGUCAAUCUCACGUAUCGCGGGCGAUUCUAACAGGCGACGAACACAACUCAGAUAGAAAAGUGUCCUACUAGAUGGUGCGUAAUACUGACUCGAUCCAUUAUAUUAUAGAGGCGCGAGCUCCGAUGACCACGAAUUGCUGUACGGCGCUUCUCGUGCUAUAGCUCAUGCAUCUGCAUCAUGCCUCCAUCUCAUCCGAGAUGGAUGGGGAUUAUGUACUGCCGGUUGAUGAAACCACCGCACUGAUAGAAAAAUGAUGUACUUUGGGAGUCAAAACAUCCGCAACAAAACGCGUUUACCCAUCAUUCCCUUCCCACUCGCCUUCCUCACGACGCCAUGGGCUUCAAUACGCUUUCUGUGCUCGGGAUAUUGAUUUUUACCUCGCUCGUUCACUGGGCGCUGUUUGGUAUCCUCACCGUCCAAAUUUUCCUAUAUCACAAAUCAUUUUCCCGAGACAAGCUCGCGAUCAGAGCUAUCUCCUAUUCAAUCUAUAUCAUGGAGGCAUUUCAAACGGCUUGGGUGGCUAGGAAACUGUACUUAGUUUGUGGAAGUGGCUUUGGGAACUGGCUUUCUCUUGUCAUCAGGGUUGGUACAGUGGACUGGGGGAACGAGGCUUUUGUUGUCACAACUGGACUUGUUGGGCUACUAUGUCAAUGCUUUUCAGCUUGGAGAAUAUGGGUCCUGUCCAGGUCGAAGGUCAUGACAGUUUCAGUCCUCAUACUAUCUCUGCUAAGCACAGCAGCGACAUUCGCCGGAGGCGCACGUCUACUAGGGGACAUAUUCAAUUCCAAUUCAUUCCUGGUCAGGGACGUCAACACGAUUUUAUGGGCCGCAAGCUCGGCUCUCUGCGACACCACAAUCACGAUUUUCAUGGGAGUGAUCCUUAAACGAUCGAAAAUAAGGGUACAACAGGGCACUAGGACGCUCAUAACCAAGAUACUGUGGUUAAUCGUGACGACGGGAGCAUUAACCACGCUUAUGGCAGCAUGCGCUUUGGUUUUUUUCGUGGUUUUCCCGGCGCUCGGCGCCCUAUACCUGUAUAUGAUCAUCAUUCUGAUAGGAAAAGUGGAGGCUGUUAGCUACCUCGCUGUUCUAAAUUCCAGGGUUCGGCCUGGGAGCAGUAGAGACGAUACUCAUACGCCAUACUCCGCCUUUGCUGUAGCAUCCGCUGGAUUUGAGCCGGAGUGUAACUCAGUCUCUUUGUCACGGCGCUCCAUACAAGUACACGUUCAGCGGCAAGUGGAACUGCCACUUCCGGUCUUUACAACGUCCAAGUUCCGGGAAGGAAGUACGUUCCCGAAGGAUGAUACAAAUACGCAGGCGCUCGAGGCUUGAUCAAAAGCCCGACUCAGGGCGUGUUCAUCAACUUGCUCGCCUUCCUUGUUGUCUGGCGUUGGACCUCUACUACUGGAGGUUCUACGUGCAACAGUGUUCUUUCCGCA